UUUUAAUCCCUAAAAACUGUCAAAGGGUUGUCGCCUCUCGCUCGUCUCAACCUCUCUUCAUUCCACACCAAUGGACGGAUCCGCCGACGAGGGAAGGCAUAAAUUUUUGCCAAAAGUCAGUGAGUAUGGGAGGGUUACUGUUUCGGGAUAUAACAUUAGGCUGACUCCUCUUGCCGAUGUCGAGAGGGCGUUGAGAGAACAUUUCACUCCAUGUGGAGAGAUCACGGAUGUAUGUUGUCUCAGGAGAAUUGGUUAUAUAUAUUUUAUGGGAGAAGGCGCAGUCGAUAAGGCCAUGCAACUUAAUGGAAGUGAUGUGGAAGGAUGGAAUGUCGCUGUUGAGCCUUUUCCGUUUCCCGAACAUGCAAACGAUAGCGUUGUGGUAAGAGUUGAAGGAUAUGACACUUCCCUUAGUAAGAUUGAUAUCCAGAGCGCUUUGAGUAAUCUGUUCUCUUCAUAUGGAGAGAUCCAGUGCCUCAUUAUUCUCGAGGGCUAUGCACAGGUUAGUGUUGAAGGAAAAGACAUUGCUGAUAAGGCUCUUGAACUUAAUGGGAGCGUCAUGGGAGGACGCAAAUUAGCUAUUGAGGUGCUUUGUAGACCGUAUUUACCCACUACCCACAUGCGCCGCCGCUACAGGUGGCCACUACCUGGUCUCCAACCAUAUCCCGACAGCUCUACCAGUGAUGCAGUCAUUCCACAAAGCAGGAGUGAAAGCUCCAAGACUCCCGAUAAACCUGUUGAGAAGAAAAGGAAGUUAAGUAAGGAAGAGGCUACAGCUACAUUAAAGAGUAAGACCAUUCCUACUUUAGUUGAGAAGCAAACACCUGAUCUAGCUGGGCUCGUUGUUUACGAUAUAUGCAUGGGCGACGGCAAGAAGAAAGCUGAUCCUGGAAAAUGGGUUACUGUCCACUAAACUGCAAGGCUUCAUAAAAAUGGGAGGAUUUACUAUUCCACCUGUGGAGGGCAUCCUCAUGAGUUUCGUGUAGCAGGAUAUUGUGCCAAGUGAGUAUCGGAGGAGCUGGAGGGCGUUGCUUGUUUGUUUCCAUGGUGUUUCUUCAUCUGCUUUGACAACGACCCAGUUUGUCCUCUCUCUCUUUUUAUUUUGUUUCCUGGGUUUUUUUAGCUUCGAAUUUGUUUAAUUGAAGUAGAGCUCUGCAUAAAAAAAUAAUGAUCUUUACUUUGCUGAAAUGGCAUCUUCUUCUAAUAAUAUUGAGGAAAUGAUGGAUAACUA